GUCCAUCCACCCGCACAGCGUCCUCGCCGACGGGUGGCACUCGUGCGUGGCGCGCUCCCUGGACUCCUUCGAGGACGCGGGCCUGGGGCCUCCCGGGAUCGGGCGCAAGAUAGCGCUGUGCUUCGCGCCCAUCGUGCAGCACGUCCCCGUGCACCAG